AUCACGCGAUGAAGAUUUCCAACGCGCCGUGCCUGCAGAGAAGCCCUGCAGGGCCCACGGACUCGCCAAAGGAGAUGAUUGCCUUUUCCUCCUCCACGAGUCUUCACGGGGUGGCACGGGCAACCUCCGCGCAGAGCCGUGCACAGAGGGCCUUCUGGAUGACGGUGGUGGUGGCGGGCGUGGCCAUGGCGGGUUGGCAGGUGGCGCUGCGUCUCGCCGCCUACUACGCCUGGCCCACGAGCACUUCGCUCACGCUGCACUACGUGCGAGACCUCUCCUUCCCCGCCGUCACCUUCUGCAACUACAAUCGGUACCGCCGCAGCUCUCUGCAGGGAACCACGGAUCUGCUGGCCGCUCUCAGCAUCCUGUCGGCCGGCGUUGUCGACGAGUGGCCAGAGGAGGUGGCGGACGAGGUGCGCCGCUUCUGGGAUGAAAACCUCAACUUCAGCACGCGCACCUUCACGCGCAAGCACGGAUUUCAGCUCAACGCAGCCUCGCUGCUCGAGUGCAACUUUAACUCCAGGCCUUGCGGACCUCAGGAUUUCCAGCACGUGUUCACAGAAUACGGCAAUUGCUACACAUUCAACGGCGGCUUCAGUGAAGAACAAAGAUCGCUCAAGCAGAAGACAGCCGGAGCUGGGAAAGGCCUCCAGGUCCUUUUUGAUGUGCAGCAGUGGGACUACUGGGAGAACCCCGAGUUGGGCUUCACGGGAGUCGGGAUCCGUCUGGUUGUGCACGACCCAGACGAGCCGCCGCAAGUGGAGGCACUCGGUCUGUCCAUUGGCGUGGGGACCCAGGCGUACGUGUCAGUCCAGCACACCAAGAGCAUCAACCAACAGUACCCGUGGGGGGACUGCGACCCCAGCAAGAAGUUGCAGUCCCCGGCGCCUUACAGCAUGGCGCGUUGCCUCCAGGAGUGCGAGGCUGACUUGGUGGAGAGAAUUUGCGGCUGCAAGCCCUUCAACUUCCCAGGUGACAUAGAGGAGUGUUCGUUGUACCAGCACUACUACUGCGCCCGAGACGCGUUGGUUCUCUCGCAGGCGCAGGGGAUGUGCACGGGGGGGUCCCACUUGUCGCAGUGCCCCGUGCCGUGUCUGCAAAAGGGCUUCCCGUCCUCCGUGUCCUACGCCACCUUCCCGAGCCUGCAGGCAUCGCAUCGCUACGAGAGAUCAAUCAACCACAGCCUCGCCUACAUGAGAGAAAACCUGGUGUCCAUCGACGUUGCGUACACGGAUCUGAGCUACGCGCUCAUCCAGCAGCAGAAGACCCUGCCAGAGAGCGUCUUACUCAGCGACAUCGGAGGACAACUUGGGCUGUUUGUAGGCGCCAGCGUGAUAACCAUCAUCGAGGUGCUGGAGUUCGUGGCUCGCAGCGCCGCAAGGGCCCUCAAUGCUGCCGCUUCCUUCCUGAGCAACCGCGCAGCCACCUGCACCAAGACUGCAUUGUCACCUCCCGUGCAAGGCUAAAUGAUCAUUUCCAAUGUCAUUAUUCCCCGCCGCUAGCGCGGUUCCAAUCCAGCUUGUGGACGUGUCCAGGAGUGUCAUGGAGCGCACGUGAUGGCAAUUGAACGGGUUAGUUUUCUAUACAAGGACAGUCAAUCAACUUGCU